UUGGGAGGCUGCUGUCACUUUAUGAGUCCGCAGCAUGAGUGAGAGUAUCCCUGUUGCUAAGAGGACCAAGGCGGGCAGGACUCAGGGCCCCCGCCUCUCCCUCACCACUCGGACCCAGUGACUCCGCUCGGGCAGCUGCUGUUGCGGUGGCGGCGGCAGAGCCUCGCCCACUGCAAUCUCCACCCUCUCCAUCCUUAGCUAUUAAAGAACAGCGGCGCCUGGCACGUUCUUGGAGGACCCCCGGCGCAGAAGAGGAAAGGGAGCAGGCGCAGGGGGAUUGGAAAGGCAGCAUGCGCCCGCCAGGAGCUUCCUCGGCGCCCACGGUCUGAGGCUGUAGCCCCAGUUCGCCAUUGUGAGCCAUCGCCAGGGGACCCCGCUGGCGCCGCUGUCCCCCUAGUUCCCUGUCCGCUCCGCGAUGGGGCACCUGCCCAUGAGGACGCGCGCUGGCCACCGCCUCCUGCCUCUGCUCUGGCUCUUUGUGCUGCUCAAGAAUGCUGCAACUUUCCAUGUGACAGUCCACGAUGAUAACAGCAUCGUUGUCUCUCUAGAAGCCUCAGAUGUCAUCAGCCCAGCAUCUGUGUAUGUUGUGAAGAUAACGGGUGAAUCCAAAAAUUAUUUCUUCGAAUUUGAGGAAUUCAACAGCACUUUGCCUCCUCCUGUUAUCUUCAAGGCCAAUUAUCAUGGCCUUUAUUAUAUCAUCACUCUAGUAGUGGUGAAUGGAAAUGUGGUCACCAAGCCAUCCAGAUCAAUCACUGUGUUAACAAAACCUCUACCUGUUACCAGUGUUUCAAUAUAUGACUAUAAACCUUCUCCUGAAACAGGAGUCUUGUUCGAAAUCCAUUAUCCAGAGAAAUAUAAUGUUUUCACAAGAGUAAACAUAAGCUACUGGGAAGGCAAGGACUUCCGGACUAUGCUAUACAAAGAUUUCUUUAAGGGAAAAACAGUAUUUAAUCACUGGCUGCCAGGAAUUUGUUAUAGUAACAUUACCUUUCAGCUGGUAUCUGAGGCGACUUUUAAUAAAAGUACCCUUGUGGAGUACAGUGGUGUCAAUCAUGAACCCAAACAACAUAGAACUGCCCCAUAUCCACCUCGAAAUAUUUCUGUCCGCUUUGUAAACUUGAACAAGAACAACUGGGAAGAACAGAGUGGCAAUUUCCCAGAAGAAUCCUUCUUAAAAUCGCAAGAUUCAACAGGGAAACACAAACUCUUCCACUUCACAGAUGAAACUCCUGAGAUUCCCUCUGGCAAUCUCUCUUCUGGUUGGCCUGAUUUUAACAGCAGCGACUAUGAAACCACAUCUCAGCCCUAUUGGUGGGACAGUGCAUCCGCAACUCCUGAAAAUGAAGAUGAAUUUGUCAGUGUACUUCCCAUAGAAUACGAAAAUAAUAAUACACUCAGUGAGACUGAGAAGUCAACAGCAAGCUCUUUUUCUUUCUUCCCUGUUCAAAUGAUAUUGAGCUGGUUACCACCAAAACCACCUACUGCCUUUGAUGGAUUCAAUAUUCUCAUAGAAAAAGAAGAUAACUUUACUGAAUAUUUGACCGUGGAUGAAGAAGCACAUGAAUUCGUCGCAGAAUUGAAGGAGCCUGGGAAAUAUAAGCUAUCUGUCACAACAUUUAGUUCCUCAGGAUCUUGUGAAACCCGAAAAAGUCAAUCAGCAAAGUCACUCAGCUUUUAUAUCAGUCCUACAGGAGAGUGGAUUGAAGAAUUGACGGAGAAGCCCCAGCAUGUGAGCGUCCAUGUUUUAAGUUCAACCACUGCAUUGAUGUCCUGGACAUCUUCCCAAGAGAACUACAACAGCACCAUUGUGUCUGUAGUAUCCCUGACCUGCCAGAAACAAAAGGAGAGCCAGAGGCUUGAAAAGCAGUACUGCACUCAGGUGAACUCAAGCAAACCUAUUAUUGAAAAUCUGGUUCCUGGUGCCCAGUACCAGGUUGUGAUGUACCUAAGGAAAGGCCCUUUGAUUGGACCACCUUCGGAUCCUGUGACAUUUGCCAUUGUUCCCACUGGAAUAAAGGAUUUAAUGCUCUAUCCCUUGGGCCCGACGGCAGUGGUCCUGAGCUGGACCAGACCUUACUUGGGAGUGUUCAGAAAAUACGUGGUUGAGAUGUUUUAUUUCAACCCUGCAACAAUGACUUCGGAGUGGACAACCUACUAUGAAAUAGCAGCGACGGUCUCCCUAACUGCGUCUGUGAGAAUAGCUAAUCUGUUGCCAGCGUGGUACUACAACUUCCGGGUAACCAUGGUGACAUGGGGAGAGCCAGAACUGAGCUGUUGUGACAGUUCCACCAUAAGCUUCAUAACAGCCCCAGUAGCUCCAGAAAUCACUUCUGUGGAAUAUUUCAAUAGCCUGUUAUCUAUCAGCUGGACAUAUGGGGAUGACACCACUGACCUGUCCCAUUCUAGAAUGCUGCACUGGAUGGUUGUUGCAGAAGGAAAGAAGAAAAUUAAAAAGAGCGUAACACGAAAUGUCAUGACUGCGAUUCUCAGCUUACCUCCGGGAGACAUAUACAACCUCUCAGUAACGGCUUGCACAGAAAGAGGAAGCAACACCUCCACACUCCGCCUUGUCAAGCUAGAACCAGCCCCUCCCAAGUCACUCUUUGCAGUAAACAAAACCCAGACGUCAGUGACUUUGCUGUGGGUGGAAGAAGGAGUAGCUGAUUUCUUCGAAGUCUUCUGUCAGCAAGUUGGCUCUAGUCAGGAAACCAAACUCCAGGAGCCCGUUGCUGUUUCGUCCCAUGUCGUGACCAUCUCCAGCCUCCUCCCUGCCACCGCCUACAACUGCAGUGUCACCAGCUUCAGCCAUGACAGUCCCAGUGUCCCCACCUUUAUAGCCGUCUCGACCAUGGUUACAGAGAUGAAUCCUAAUGUGGUAGUGAUCUCCGUGCUGGCCAUCCUGAGCACACUUCUCAUUGGACUGCUUCUUGUUACCCUCAUCAUUCUUAGGAAAAAGCAUCUGCAGAUGGCUAGGGAAUGUGGAGCAGGAACAUUUGUCAACUUUGCAUCCUUGGAGAGGGAUGGGAAACUUCCCUACAAUUGGCGUAGGAGUAUAUUUGCUUUCUUAACCCUGCUACCUUCAUGUCUUUGGACUGAUUAUCUUUUGGCAUUUUAUAUUAAUCCUUGGAGUAAAAAUGGUUUAAAGAAGAGGAAACUGACUAACCCGGUUCAGUUGGAUGACUUUGAUUCCUACAUCAAGGAUAUGGCCAAAGACUCUGACUAUAAAUUUUCUCUCCAAUUCGAGGAGUUGAAAUUGAUUGGACUGGAUAUUCCACACUUUGCUGCAGAUCUCCCACUGAACCGAUGUAAAAACCGCUACACGAACAUCCUACCAUAUGACUUUAGCCGGGUGAGACUAGUCUCCAUGAAUGAAGAGGAAGGUGCAGACUACAUCAAUGCCAACUAUAUUCCUGGAUACAACUCGCCCCAGGAGUAUAUCGCCACCCAGGGGCCGCUGCCAGAAACCAGAAAUGACUUCUGGAAGAUGGUCUUGCAACAAAAGUCUCAGAUUAUUGUCAUGCUCACUCAGUGCAAUGAGAAAAGGAGGGUGAAAUGUGACCAUUACUGGCCAUUCACGGAAGAUCCCAUAGCUUAUGGGGACAUCACUGUGGAGAUGAUCUCAGAGGAAGAGCAGGACGACUGGGCCUGUAGACACUUCCGGAUCACUUAUGCUGAUGAGAUGCAGGAUGUGAUGCAUUUUAAUUACACUGCAUGGCCUGAUCACGGUGUGCCCACAGCAAACGCUGCGGAAAGUAUCCUGCAGUUUGUACACAUGGUCCGACAGCAAGCCACCAAGAGCAAAGGCCCCAUGAUCAUUCACUGCAGUGCCGGCGUGGGGCGGACAGGGACGUUCAUUGCCCUGGACAGGCUCUUACAGCACAUUCGGGAUCACGAAUUUGUGGACAUCUUAGGGUUGGUGUCAGAAAUGAGAUCAUACAGGAUGUCUAUGGUACAAACAGAGGAGCAGUAUAUUUUUAUCCAUCAGUGUGUUCAACUGAUGUGGAUGAAGAAGAAGCAGCAGUUCUGCAUCAGUGAUGUCAUAUAUGAGAAUGUUAGCAAGUCCUAGUUCUGAAUCUGGAGCAGAGAGGACAUGAUGUGCACCCAUCCUCCCUUGCUUCCAAACUUUUGGGGGGCCCUGAUAGUCAUUUUGCUAAAAUGAGCCCCAACUUUGUAGUAUGUGGCCAAGGAGAUAAUUUAUCUCAUAGAAGCACCGGGAAGACUUAGCCUUAAAGAGCCUACAGUGUCUUUUGGACUCUUUCACUUCUGGACAUUUAAUGGACCAAAUUCAACAGAUCACCAGAAAGGUCAAGAUGGUCUGCAAAGGGCAGGAAGUAACAAUACUUCCAAAGAGUUUAGCUGGCCCUUUACUGGUUGGGCUGAGUUGCUUUUUUUUUUUUUUUUAAGUGCAAUAAUUUUUGUAUGUGUGUGAUUUUUAUCAGAAAGUUGAAUUGUUUUCCGCCUACACCACUGAUCAACUCCAUAGCCCAGGAAGGAACAGACAUUAUUAACAUUCAAUUUACCUCAUUACUUAAAAGAGGCAUGGCCACACAGGAAAAAAAAAUGAUUAUUCUACUUGAAAGAAAUUGAACCAUCAAUCUCUGUAUUCCAACCUUGAAACUGCUAGAUCAGGAAUGGGGAGGGUGGAUGAGGAAGAGGCAGGAGUUCUACCCGCAGAUCAACCAUGUAUCAUUUCCUAUUCCAAAUAUGAAAAACUGUACUUCAACUUCAAAGUAGAGUAGAAAAAUAUUUGUCUUAAUUGUUCUAGUUCUUGAUGGUUUUCUUCUUCUUAACAGUUGGGUGUUUUCCUCCUUGGCCCUUCGGGACUAGUGUCACAGUCCAGGUUCCUUUUCAAGAAACCAGAUCUGGUUCCGAAGAGUUUCAACUCUGAUUAUAAACUCCAUUGCUGUCUGAGCAAUCUUGGUGCCUAGAGUUUGCAUUUCUUUUUCUGUUGACCUGCACAUUAUGUGAGAGCUCUUCCUCUGAGAAGUAUAGGCAGUGGAAAUGCACUUUCUUUCCCCCCAAAGAGCUGGGAACUUAACAAAGUUAUGGCAAUGAACUGCAGCAUGCUAGGACAAUUAUUUGGCUACAUUCUUUUGUAAUAUUGUCAGGCGUCUCUGUGGAUUCUGGCAGAGAUUUCAUUUUGUUUUGUUUUCUUUUGGGUUGUCAGUUUCAUUUUUUUUUUAACCUGUGUAACGUGUAACAUUCUAUUCUUUGGAUUUUGUAUAAUUACAGUACAUGAUUGUGUAUCGUGACAUGAAUACUGUCAAAAUGGACAUUGAUGGCAUUGUGAAGCCUGUUAUUUUGUGCCACUUUCCGAGAAAUAAGAGGUAAAGGUGUGGACUAAGGAAAAUAUUGAGUUGCAAUUAAAUACAAGCUGGCUGCUUCACUGUGG